AUGUGUCAGGAAAGGAGUGUCACAAAUAGCAAGGAGCGACCUAUUAUAUUUGUUGCGCAUUCUACCGGAGGAAUCGCUUUGAUAUACUCCAAUUCAACCAACAAGAAUAACUUGGAACAUCACAAGGAUAUCAAAAUCUCGACUUAUGGAAUUCUCUUCCUCGGCACAUCUCACCAAGGAGUCAUUAAUCUGGAUGGGAAUCUAAGUGGUAACGUGCAAUGGAAUAAGAAGUGGGUUAAAAGAGCGUCUGAAAUCAACAUAAAAAAUACAACUCUUCGAGAUUUGGAGGAAAACUCCAAUGCAAUCCAGAGACAACUCACCGAGUAUAGAAGUAUUAGCAAAGGCUUCGUGACAACGUUCUUCUACGAGACUUAUCGGGAUACGGAGGAUGGGAAAUUUUUUGUGCCCCAGUCUUCCGCGGUGGUUCCAGGCGCUCUUGGCACAGAGGUGUUCGCGGUGAAUUGUGUUCAUGAAGAGUUAGUAAAGUAUCACUAUUCGACGGAUCAGGCGUUUCGUCAAAGCUCUUCGUGUCUCAAUGAGAUGGUACACUCAGCCCCCAGAUAUCAUAAAACGAAAUGGCUGGAAUGGGCGCAGAUAAGAGAUAUUGGUUCAGGAAACAAGUUCAGUAGUGGGAACUAUCCAGCAUUACGUCUUCCCGAAGAUCAAGGAACCGACCCAGGCACGGUUCUAAGGUGGCUUUCCAAAGAUAAAGUAGAGGAAGACUAUGAGCGCCUGAAGGACCAGAUUCCUAGGCUCGAAGAGCUUCAAGGAGAGUUUCACAACAUUAUCCAGACCUUCAAUAACGUGUUUAUCGUCGUUGACGCACUAGACGAGUGCAAGAAAGAUACCCUGGAAACAGCCUCAUACUACCAAUGCAACGAAGUGGUCGAACUGCUGUUAGAUCAUGGUGCCGAUGUAAAUAUGCAGGGUGGUCUUUUUGCGAACGCUCUACAGGCAGCUUGUGCACACAGAGCCCUUAGUUUUGCAGAGCGCAGCAAGGGAAAAAUAGUACGAGAAAGCAUCGUUCAGUGUCUCGUCGAGAGAGGGGCAAAUGCCACCCUCCUCGGCGGCAUCUACGGCACAGCUCUCCACGCUGCCGCCUUUGCUGGGUACAAAAGUACGGUUCUAGUACUCUUGCAUCUUGGGGAAAACCCUCAUAUUCAAGGUACCUGGGGUAUGAAUGUUUUAGAGAUAGCGUUUUACGCAGGCCAUAUACUGCGAACGAUAGAUAGAGUAACUACGACUGACCCCCACGCGGAUAAACCCGGUCGAUAUACGGAUGAUCUAUUGGAGGUUGAUCGGCCCAUCAUCACCAACGCAGAUUGGGAUGACGAUGACGACGGUACGCAGAGGUUUCAAUUAUACAUAUCCGCAUACAAAUCGUGGCCGACGAGAAGCGAAGAUUUUCGAAGAGGCAUGGAUACACUAGCUUCUCAAAAUCCACAAAUAUCACCGUGGCAAGGAAUAAUCAACGAUUUAUUGAGCAUGGGUGCUCAGAGUAGUAUCAUUAAGGAUCUGUACGACCCAUCAUUUUCUCCUAAUGGUAAUCCCUUUUUCCCUCUCGAAAGUUUCCAAUGGAAGAGGAAUCAGAAGCUUAUCGACCUAUACCAUGACCCAUAUUCGGAAUAUUACCGUCCUUGA